AUGUUCCGCGCGCGGAGCUUCGUUCGGGCUGCCGAGGCCGGGGCAGUACCGUCACUGGCACAUGCGAAGGCGAACCCCUCCCUCACCUGCGCCCGCAGUACACGCUCGCUCUCCACCUUCAACCGCCAGCCGAGCAGAUACACGCCAUUGAAGACACAGACUCUCUUCCAAACCCGCCAGUUCAGCUUCACCAGCAGCAUGGCCAACACGCGAACCGAGAGCGAUGCCUUUGGCGACAUCACGGUGCCCGCAGACAAGUACUGGGGAGCCCAGACGGAGCGCUCGCUGGAGAACUUCAAGAUAAACCAGCCCCAGGACCGCAUGCCGCCGCCAAUCGUGCGCGCGUUUGGCAUCCUCAAGGGCGCGGCGGCCACGGUCAACAUCAAGUAUGGGCUGGACCCGAAGCUGGGAAAGGCUAUUCAGCAGGCCGCUGAGGAGGUUGCCUCCCUCAAGCUUAUCGACCACUUUCCCCUCGUCGUCUGGCAGACGGGCUCUGGCACGCAGUCCAACAUGAACGCCAACGAAGUCAUCUCCAAUCGCGCCAUUGAGAUCCUCGGCGGGACAAUGGGCUCCAAGAAGCCUGUCCACCCCAACGAUCACGUCAACAUGUCCGCCUCGUCAAACGAUACCUUCCCGACCGUCAUGCACAUUGCCGCCGUUCUCGACUUCGAGGAGUCCCUCCUCCCCGCCCUGGCCAGCCUGCGAGACGCCCUGAAGAAGAAGAGCGAGCAGUGGGAGAGCCUCAUCAAGAUUGGCAGGACACAUUUGCAGGAUGCUACACCCCUGACACUGGGCCAGGAGUUUUCAGGCUACGUGCAGCAGCUAGACUUUGGCAUCGAGCGGAUAAAGACGUCUCUCCCGCGCUUGAAGAUGCUGGCUCAGGGUGGAACGGCUGUCGGAACUGGAAUCAACACCUUCAAGGGCUUUGCAGAGGACAUUGCUUCGGAAGUCAGCAAGAUGACCGGCCACGAAUUCAUCACCGCACCGAACAAGUUUGAGGCCCUGGCUGCUCACGAUGCCGUCGUCGAAGCGCAUGGCCAGCUCAACACCCUCGCCACAUCCCUCUUCAAGAUCGCCCAGGAUAUUCGCUUCCUCGGAUCUGGCCCACGAUGCGGUCUCGGCGAGCUCAAGCUCCCCGAAAACGAGCCCGGCUCCUCCAUCAUGCCCGGCAAGGUCAACCCCACCCAGUGCGAGUCUUUGACCAUGGUCUGCGCGCAGGUCUUUGGUAACCACGUCGCUACUACUUUUGCAGGCUCCCAGGGUAACUUCGAGCUGAACGUCUUCAAGCCCGUCAUGAUCCGCAACCUGCUCCACAGCUCCCGUCUGCUCGCGGACGCCAUGACGAGUUUCGAGAAGAACCUUGUAGCAGGUCUCGAGGCCGACGAGAAGCGCAUUAGCUCGAUAAUGAGCGAAAGUCUAAUGUUAGUCACCUGCCUCAACCCCGUCAUCGGCUACGAUGCCGCCAGCAAGACCGCGAAGCACGCACAUAAGAAAGGCCUUACCCUAAAGGAAGCCGCGCUGGAGCUCAAGGUCAUCAGCGAAGAGGACUUCGACAAGCACGUCAAGCCCGAGCUGAUGAUUGCCCCAAAGGCAUACCAGCCCAAGUCGUAA